UGACCCCUUGUGGGGCGAGCGUCCGCCAGCUCCAAAUAUGAUGACGAGGAGGCGCAGGUUCCCUUUGGCAGAGUGUUCACGGUGUCUUGUAUCAUCGUCGUCUUCAAGGCCGUGGUGGACGAUGUUCAGAGUGACAGUACCACCACCACCACCACCACUAACACCUGUAACCUUUCCAGUGGUGGUGGUGGUAGUCGUGUUGCAGCUGGUGGUGAUGGUGACGGCAGCAGGAAGAACAUUACCACCCCAGCCUCCACGUCAGUCACCACCACCACCACCAGGAGCACCAUCAUCACCAGCAGGAGGAGGACAUUCAUCACCAUUAACAACCCAGACAGGUGUGGCGGCAGCGUCCGACUACCUGCAUAUCAGCGUGACGUCAUCUGCUCACCUGUUGCUUGUUACUGUCAACUCUGAAGUGGUAGCGGAGGUGAAGACUUUGAGUGCUGACAUAGGCACCAGCAAGGAGAGUUACACCCCGUGGGAGUUGUCCUCUGGCAUACACCUCCUAGUGUUACACCCUCAACACGGCAGAGUAAUGAUGAACAGGGUAUUGACGACGACGCUCUUUGGUUCAUCCUACGAGGUACCGAGUAUCCUUACCUCCGUCACCCCUGGUCAUCUCGUCGUUAUAUCUAUCAAGAACGACGCGGCCAAGAACCUGACACCACGCUCUAGGACUAUGCUGGCCAGGUUCGGUCUCCACACGGUAAUAUCCCUGGAGGAGCGAGACUCCCUGGCCUGGGUGGGUACUCUCGGGGGGCCGACCUGGGGCGAGGCGAAGACCAUGGGCAUGCUAGAGGAGUUGCCCUGGGAGACCUUGUGGGCGUCAGGGGUCGUCCUCGACGUGAUGGUGCCUCGGACAGUGGAGGCAGAUAGUUCCUGCAUGACAGAGGAUGACCCGCGGGAGGCAGCUAGGGCGGCUUUCUGCAGGCUGUAUGAUGGCUACGGUGACCUGUGUUCCUGCCCUGAUCCCGCCCCGCUGACCUACCACGCCCCGGAGCUGGAGGACAGCGCCAUCCUGGACGUGCCUCUCUUGUUGUUGGCCGGUAACCGCCCCACUUACCUCUACAGGAGCCUGCUGACGUUGUUGAGGCAGCCUGGAGGGUCGCUGGAGAGGAUCUUGGUGCUGGUGGAUGGCUACCACCCGGAGGUGACAAGCCUGCUAGACUUACUGCAGGUGCAGUACCAGGAGCGAUCAUCCGUGGGUGUGACUAUUGGAGCCAAGAUCUCCGACCAGUACCGUCACGGCCUCACCCUCAUAUUCAAUCGCUUUCCCAAUGCUUCCAAGGCCAUACUUCUGGAGGAGGACCUGCUCGCCUCCCCAGACUUCUUUAGCUAUUUCAACCAGACGGGGUGGCUGCUGGAGGCUGACCCAUCCUUGGGUUGUGUGAGUGGGUGGAAUGACCUGGGCAGCCUACAUGUGGCCCGUGACCCUCGCCUGCUGCGUCGUGUGGAGGUGUUCACUGGUCUAGGCUGGAUGGUCAGUGCUGCCACCGCCUCCCAACUCUUGCACAUGUGGCCAUCCCAUGACAAGGACCACGAUUGGGACAUAUGGAUGCGGUUGCCUGGGGUGCUGGGAGGGAGGGAGUGCGUGGUUCCUGACGUGAGCCGCACCUUCCACAUUGGAAUCAUGGGGUCACACGCCUCCAUUCUCCUCCAUGCUGCCUUUUUCGCCGCCAAGCCCGUGCCUGUCUCCACCCACGUGCACCUCCUCCACGUUGACAGGAUAACGAGGAUGGAGUACGAGGAGGACUUGUACAGGGUGCUAGAGGAGGACCCCCUCAUUCUCAAGUCACAGCUGCACCCCUGCCAUCCUCAGUAUCUCCCACGUAACCUUACCGAGCGUCCGGUAAUGGUGUUCAUAGAGAUGAGCUCCCAAGAUGACUACUAUGCCUGGCAGUUCUUCGCCAGGUGCCUAGGGAUGUGGGACCUGGACACUCGGAGUCACCACCGAGGGCUCUUUCGGUUCUUCUUCUACGAGACGGAGGUGUUUGUGGUAGGUUACCCCUUCAGCGACUACAGUUACCUGAAGCCUCCCUGGGCGAGUCUGUUGGCCGUGAACACCAGCAAAGAUCUGGAUGCCCUCAAUCUGAUAAACUUUACAAAUCGCGUCCGCUUCAGGAGGCCGGAGCUGGAGCGCCUUGUACCCUACCACGACAUUCCUGUACCUCACUUUUAAAACCCAAUAUUACAUUUACCUUAAGGACAUGUUUUAACCACUCAUCGGGUGUUACUGACGAUAUUUAGGUGGGUAUUUAUAAACACUACUUCCAAA